AGGUAUGUUCCUCCUUAAGUUAAUUAAUGCUAAUUGCGUGUUCGUCAGAAGAUAUAAAAAACCAUUGAUUCUCUGUCAAACAGUUAGUCACAUCGGAGACAAUGAAGCGAUCAUUUGUAUUGAUAAGCCUCGCAAGCAUCAUUUCGUUUAUACUGGCAUGUGAUCAUCCCACUAAGCAUUACUCCAGCAUGGGAUGCACUCCCAACGCACUGGAUCCAGAGACAGGAUGCCCUUUGAGCUACAACUGUCCGAAUUUAUCUAACCGCCAAGACAACCAAUGUCAUCUGAACGGAAAGACUUAUAACAUCGGUGAAACAGUCCCUUCAGAGGAAACUUCUUCUUCUUGCAUAGCUCUUGCAAGCUGCAAUCGUAUCGUCGAAAAUCAGCCUUCAAAGUUCAUCUAUGCCCACAUCGACUGCGCUGAAUUUUUCCGUCCGCGUAAACCGGGUUGUGUCUUACAAUAUAAACCGGCCAGCUGCUGUUCAUCAAAAGAAGUUUGUGGUAAAAACAAAACUCGAUUAGUCACAUGUACUAUCGGGGAGACAACGUUCUAUGAAGGCGAACGAAUGCAAAUUCCAGGAAAACCCUGCCAAACUUGUAUUUGCACAGCUGAUUUUAACCUGGCCCAAACUGAUAGUAAUGAGUACUGCUACGAAGAUAAAUGUAGCUUUGAAAUAUUUGCGGAUGAAAAACUCUAUGGUGGAGCCGCGCCGGUAUUCAAACAAGGCUUCUGUUGCCCCUGGACUUGGAGAAUGCCAAAAGUUACGGACAAGCUGGCACUAAGUUCUAAGGUUGUGGACAAAUCAGAUCAAAAGUGCGUUUAUGGAAGUCUUACAUUGGAAAUCGGUGAAUUUUUGGAACCCAUCAACGAAAAUGGUGACGUUGUCAAUUGCAAGUGUGCAAUUCCACCUUUGGUGCAUUGUAGUAUGGGGUCUGCGGAUUCUUGAACAUCUAUUCUGAAGUUUCAUUAUCAAAUAUAAGAAACAACAAAGUGGUAACAUUAUCUCUGCUUUAAAUUCCGUCCAAUUAAAUAUCAUAAUUCAAAAUCUUCUAAUAAAUCAAAACUUACAGAA